AAAGCCUUCCAGUGGUGUAUGACAUGAUAGGAAAACAAACCUGCAUGGGUGACCACAAGGUAAAUAAGAUUUAGAAUAAGGGUCAAGCCGACCAAACAGAAAAAAUCCCAAUGCAGUGCACAUCAGGUUGCAUCUUUAAAGUUAGUCUCUUUAUAGAAUCGCAACAAUUGCAUUUACUUUUAAGAAACUAGUAGUUUCCAGUGGAAAGUGAAGUGCUGCGAGUAAAGCAUGACAUUUCAAAUAAUCUGAAUCAGUUGCAGCUAAACCACCACGCACACGUUUUGGGAUCUGACAGUCUUUAUUACAGUAAGAACACUUAAACGCAAGUAAAUACACCCGAGAUAACUGAUUAACACAAAUACUUAAAACUACAGUCAAAUAACAUAACAGAAUACAAACAACAGAAAGACCAGAAGACUGUCCGUCGGAGUGGCGGGAUGGGAAAUCUGCACUAUGCUUACAAUCUCGCUUCUGAACUCCGCUUGCUUAUACUAUAAACUGCGUGCAUACCCGAGGAGUUAUGCUAUUAGAACUAAAUUUACAAAACCUAUCGCUAUCUGAAUGGUUACUUAAAAUCUAGUGACUAUCAGCUAUAUUUCAGUUAGUGUAUUUUGCCGAUGGCUAGUUAAAGCCCGUCAGAAGACAUGUACGCUACCAAAAGUCUGAUUUUGUUUACAUUACUUGAAUUGAGCGGUAACACAUCUCGUUCCCAGGUUCUCUCUCGCACCCUCUCUCUCUCUUUCUCUCGCUAACGAGGUUGGCGGUAACAGAGUUCGUACAGGUCAUGGAAAACGUGGAAAGCCAUGGAAUUUAAGCAGUUCAUUUUCUAGGCCUGAAAAGUCAUUGAAAAUUAAAGUUCUGUUUGAUAGAUUAGUUACUUCAAGUGACAAGACAAGGGCAAUGUAAGGUAAAGAGGAGUAAUUAAACAACGUAAACGGUACGCAUUUUGGUGGGCACUAGAGUUUGUGUCUGUUAAACUCUUUUUUAAGGUCCAAAAAUACCGUAAAACAAGGAAAGUUUUUAAAAUUUUUGAAAGUGACAGCUUAGCCUAAGGUCUCGGAAAACUUUAAAAGGGUCAUGGAAGAGCUCAAAAGAGUACGAACCCUGCAGGGUAAUUAUUAAAUUUAGCUGACACAGUUUGUUUCCACAUCUUUUCUUUUUUUUUACUUCUCAGCCUAUAUUCUUAUUUUUCAAGAUGAAUUCUUCUGGAGAUACCGUAAAUCAAGGUUUGUAAUUGUUUUAUUUGAUGAGAAGUAUGGCCAACCUUUAAUAAUAUUGGUCUGCCGCGACCUAACCUUCUCACUCACUUAACUAAGAGCAUUAUUUACAUCAUAGACUGCGUCAAUAACUAUCUAUUUACCCUGCUAUUGCUCUGUCUCAAAUACGCUUUCUUAUCCAUUAUGUCUAACAAGAGUAUUGCACAUAAUAAUUAAUUUCUGGUUGCUUUUUGUAAUUCCUGGGCUUUGAGCCUUACAUGUAACAUACCUUUAAAAAUUUAUAAUAAUUGUAGCUUUUAAUAUAAAUUUUAAAUGAAAUUAAUUUUCUCUAGUCUCAGUGCAGUGAUUGUCUAGUUGGUUUGUACUUUGUAUUGUAUAUGCUAGUGCUUCUCGAUUUUUUUUUUAUAAUCCUGAGCCUGUGGGCAGUUGCCAUAGCUUUUAAGGUUUUUUUUGUUUCUACCGCAUAACAUAACAUAAAACCACUGCCACUUACCUGUAGUUUAACAUCGUACGUGCUAACUUGUUUGAUGUCCUAGGUGCAUGUUACUCUGAAGGCUGAAAGAAAUCUGGGUGUUAGGUUAGUUUGGGCUUUUGUUGCAAAACAGUUGUGAGGAGUUAGUCCUUGUAAUGUGCAUUACUGAACGUUUCAACGUCCUAAGAACAGUCCUUUGUGUUGCGUUAAUGAAUAAUUAUGGUCAACUGAUUCUGGUUAAAAUUUGCAUGGUAAAAUGUGGAGGAAAAUGUAACAUGAGUGGAUCGGGAGAGGCAGUGAAGAAAGGAGGUGGGACCUCCAACAAAUUCCAUUGACAUUGUGGUUGAUGGAAAGAAUAGAUUCCCUUGCCUGAAAUUAUUUUAAGCUGAUUUAAAGUGUUUUAUUAGCAGUGAAUGUUCCAGUUCUGGACAUAUAUUCAUCUUUCACGUGGAAAACCUACACUUACGAAAUUUUUUUGAAGCAGUAGUUUUAACUCUCUUUAACACCACUGUAAGGAGUAAGGUCUUAACCUGUACCUGGUAGUUUGUAUUCAGGAUUAUCCACUACACAAACCACCCUAGUGUAAAACUAAACAUGAUGCUUUCUUGAAUUUUUAUGGUGAUAUUCCUUUUUUCUCACAGCUGGUCGUGUACAGAAUGGUGGACCCCUUGAAAUUGUCGAGUAUCUUACAAGUGUUUAAGAAGUACAGAAGUCGGUUGCUCUGCUCGAGCCCUUGAAGACCUUGAUCAUAAUAUCAUCGUGUCAUCAAUCUCUACCUCGUCUGAUCUUAAUGCAUAUGCUAUUUAACAGUUACUGAAUGAGUAUGAUGAGAGGAAUUAUACAAAUCGAGGAAAACAGCCUUCAAGAUCUACAUAAUUCUUCACAUAAUACGAAACCCGAAUUCAUUAUUUCUUUAACUAUUCUCUCAAAAUAUUAACCAGCUUAUCACCUCGUAGACUUUCUUCAAAACUCUGCCAUCUUGGCUCCGAUCGCAAAAGAGUGAAUAGCCAAGGAUAUUCCGAGUUACGGGAGCCAAUAAAAACGCGCGAAAAUUGAUAUUCACUGAUUUGGUAAAUACUAAAAAGAGAUUUUUUUUUCUUGUAGAUACUCUCCAAAAAGUAGAUAACAUUCAUCGAGCAACACUUUUUGUGUAUUCUUGAAUUUCUUCCGUUUAGUUUUAGUCCGAAAUUCAGCUGUUUCGUCUUAGGAUAACCGUGAAAACGCCGUCUUUUAGCUCACUCAGGAAUUAAACGCAAGCCCGCGCCUGGGAACGAGGCUUCGUGGGCAAAAUACCAUCGAAUCGAUGGUAUUUUGCUGGCAUGUUCCAAAUUGGGUCAAGGCCAGCUACCUAUGAAGAAUUAGGCGGGGGAUUUGAGCCAAUCAGAAAAGGCGAAAUAUUUUGAAUGUAUAAUAAAGAGAGAUAUAUUACAGGGAGAACCGUGAAGUCUACAAAGUAGUAGUAUCCUCGGCCGGCCGGGGACCAAUGCCACUGCUACAAUAGGUACUUUAACCUGGUUCAACUCCGGGGAGAGCAAGGGACUGCUUUCGUAAUGAUAGUACUCAGAUCCUCUUAGUAAUAACAAUGAUAUUCAUAAGGUGAUAAGAUUUUGAUGUUGUCUGUCAGGGCGAAGGGGUUCGUCCUUAAAACAUUAUGGAGGCAGUUUGUCAAGAUUUAAAGCAUUGUGAUUUGUGUUUAUAUUAGAUACAAGAGAUGUUAAUUAAUUUUUAAAAAUAUAUAUUUUUUGUAUAUAGAGAACAGACCUUAUCAUUGUAGGUAAGCGGAACGGAUGGGUUGAUGGAAAACGUAAAUUCGUCUUGUGACAAGCGUUUAAAGCGUAGCUUACUUUGGGUGCGUUCAAUUGGCAGUAUUCUGGAAUAGGAAUGCAUUCUGAAUUAGUCUGGAUUAGUCUCUACCCCCAAAAUACACCUAUUUUUUCUGUUUUCAGAAUGCUGAUUUACUGAUCAGGAUAACAAACACGGCGUCAACAAAGAUAUCGCUGCGGCACGUGAAAAGGGGAAAAUUACACCGAGGGAAAUUGACGUAUGGAAAAUAUUUUACCUUGUGUUUUGGAGAAUUACAUUAUAUGACCGGCGUGGAGAGACUUCAAUAUCCUUAUCGCUUUCUUUGUGUAUGGAAAUAUGCCCAAAAACAUUCCAGUUCUCUGCUCUAAUGGUAGCCUUUCUGCGACGGAGUGCUUCGUUUCUCUUAAUUUAAUGUCGAUUAUUGUUACCUACCGCGUCCGCCUUGUUCUUUUUUGUCUUGAAAACCAAACGAAUGGCGAGAAAAGUGACGUUAUCAUUCCGUUUUAUUCAGCCACGCAUUCUGUUCGUUGUAGCAGAAUGUUUGGAAUAUCUUGAGCGUAUUUCGACAUUGGAUUAGCAGGUCAAUAGAUAGACUUUCUCAAAGUCCUUUGAUUCCCAUUUCCAGUUCGCCCGUUCUCUCGCUCGCUUUGCCGCCGAAAACCUAAAAUAUUUCUAGCUCGCGCUUCGCGCUCGAGAAAAAGUUUAAGCUCGACUUGUGGGUAAGUCUAGUCAACUGAAGGAAUUUCCUAUACCAGAAUAAGAAUGCACCCUCAGUGUAGCUGAAUCAUGGAGUUCCAAAUUAUAGUUAUAUCCUUACAACGACUGAUAUCACAGACAGUCAGUCGAAUUCUUAUCUUGAAAAGUUUCGCCCAAGGCCUUAUGAUCUAUCUGCCGCGCAGUCAACCCUUCGUCCUUCAACUAAUCCUUUUAGGAAGGUUUAUUUCGCAGGUAAACCAACGUAAAAACGGAAGUUUUAUAUUUUUUGUAGUAUCUAGAGGUUUAUUAAGAUAAAUAUUAUUCGCUAGCUAGUAAGACUUCUGAAACCAUUAUACAUUGAUGAUAAACCGCAACGAGAGGAGACACUUCAGUCAUACUGAGACCUGGGGUGAUUUAGCACUUUUAGGGCCUGUUUACAUGGGGGGGGGGCCAGGUAGGUGAGGUAACCUGCUUAGGUGGGUUAACCAGCCUGUCCAUACAAUCUCUUUUUUUUAAUUGAUCACGUUUACACGAUAAGUGGGGUGACUUGCCGCACGUCACCUCACCUAUCUGGGGUGUCCCACCUCCAUAUAAACGGGCCCGUACUGUAUCAUUGAGAAAAAAAAACAUGCCUGAUCGUUUCGGAUACAUUCUCGGCAAUGUUGGUCGUGAAAUCUGUUAACUUAAAUUAUGAUUUAGAAAAUGACUAAGGACGCUUUCCAUUGGUAUUUCCGACGAAAUCGAAGUUGCGACGAACGCUAUAGAUGAUACGAUGAUCUGAGAGAUCAGAGCGACGAUCCCUUUGCCAUUGCAAUUCUUGUAACCAAGGAUGACCAGGCUAGUUGCUCGAUGACAAAAUCUACGCCAAAGUUGGACAGAAGUGCUAUUUACAUUACGAUGGUUUGAUUUGCUUAUUAAACCUAUUGCAUCGUCGUCGUGGUUAAGGCUAGCUACCAUGCAGAAAAAUGUUCUUGAGAUGCAAGCGACAAUUUUGUUAAAAAGCUGACGAGAAGGAGAAGGCGCGACGAAAGCGACAUCCGCACUGGUUACCCACAGGAAGGCUUUUUUAAUUUGAUUCUAAGGAGAGAGAGAGGGUCUGGAAAAAUAUCGGAAUGGAAAGGUGUUGAGAAUAGAAGACAUUUGCAUGCAA